CAACCCUUUAUAUAGCGCAGGCAGAGCCACUACACUUCACUUUCUGUCUAUGACAAACAGAGACCUGACUCAGCCUUGCCUAAGCAGUCAGUGGGUUUCACUGCCUUUAGCCUUUGUCGGCAAAGAAAAGAAAGGAAAAGCGAAUAAGAUGUCUUCUUACGUAUCUUCAGACUCCCACCGCGUCAGCCCCUCCGUCCACGGGAACAAGUUUGACACGGCACACCGCAAAAAAGCCGUGGCUAACAUCUUCGAGAACAUCAACCAGGACGCACUGAUGAAGCUUUUUCAGAAAACCGGUGACAUGAAGGCGGAGGAGAGAGUGAGGAGCAUCUACUCUUUUGCUCAUGAUCCCGAGGAAACGUCCAAGGCUCUGAUGGCUCUAAAGCAGAGGAAGAAGGACAAGUUCUUGCAGAUUGCGGGCAUGGUGAGACAGCUUCUGAAACUGCAUCGACUCUGAUAACCUACAUGGCUCUGCCUGAGCUGAGGUUACGUUUUGCGACCAAAAGCGAGUGAGUCGACAUCGGCCGCUGAGGAUGCGGCUUCCACGAAGGAUCAAGACAAUGCCUGGAGAUUGUUUGAACAGUGGCGAAUGAUCGCUACGAACUGUUACAGAGCUGUUUGCUUACGGUGCUACUGGGCAAGAGGACAAGCCGGUCCGGUGCGGAUCCCGGAUAGCCUGCUCGGAGGGAGAGAACAGAUGGAAUGAACGCUGAGCUUUCAAUACGGGUUAUGUUCCCGAAAACACUGCCCCAGGAGACAUGCACGAACUAGCCAGCCUCGCGGCUUCUCAUUGACUGUAUGCAUUUGUUUGAAUGCGUUGACUUCAAUUUGCACCUCAUAGGUGCAUCAAGCUUUGCCGGUGCACAAAAUAUACUGAGACUGGUGCCGAAGAAAUUGCCUGAAAAAUGCCUAAUGUCAUACUUUGAAAACGUUUGAUGCCUUGUCUCUGUACCAGUUUAAAAUUGUGAUACCUGCUUUAACACUAAUUAGUGGCCACUAAUUUAUUUUUCAGCAAAUGUUAUGGUAGAAAAAUAUCAUGCAUUUAAUGUGUUUGCAAUUUCAUUAAUAAAUUAUUUUACUGAAAAA